UUUAUUGAGUGUACCACAGUGAAAUGACGUGUGAGUAGAGGAAGAGGUGUGGAAACAGUGAUAAAAAGAAGUGAGGAUACACAGCAGCAACUGAUAAAGAUAACAGGUGAGUGUAAGACAAGAGCAGAGGAGAGAAAUAAACAAGAGGAGAGAGGCUGAUGAAAGAGAAAUGGGAGGGAAGCUCUCCUGUCACCUAAACUCCAAGGAACACAAGUACAUCUCAGAGCACAUCGCUGACAUCAUGGAGUCGUUGGCUCCUCUAUGUCGACAUCACCUCAGCUCAAAUCUACUGACCCAAAUGAGGAACAAACACAUGGAGCCAACCGAACCCCGCCCACUGACCCAGCAUCCAGAUGUCGUUGCUGAGAUUCUGUUGGAGGUUACUUUGCCUCAAUACCUAGCUGGGAACUGGACACAUCGCCACCUACAGGUCACCAACAGUUUUACAGUUGAGAGUCGUGAGUCCAGACAGGUAUUUGAAGGUGGUUGGGGAUGUAAGACAGAGUUGGUGCUUUCUGGCAGUCAUAUCUGCACCUCCCUACAAGAGCAUCAGGAGUUAGUGGAUGACAUGUGCCGACAUAUCAAAGGUAAAUCAGGUGGUAAACUGGCAUGUUGGGAUUGCCCCACAGCAUUUCCUGUCUUCAUCCAGCACCCUUACAGUGCCCCAGUGUGUCUGGCCACUGGAUCAUACCAGGAACAGACACGGUGGGCCAAUGUACUACGAGCUGCAGCACAACAUCAGAGCUCUGCACUUUGGUGUGAAGAUACACCAGAAUCCAGGGCCUUCUUAGAUGCUGUAUCUUCCUUGAGGAAGCUCAGACGACACUGUCAAACAGAGUUACAGCCAAUGGGCGAUGAGGAAGAGGUGUUGGUAGGCAUGGUGAUGGAAGAAGUGAUGCCCUACCUCAAGAAGCAAAUAUUUCACAGGAUUGUUGUGAAUCACAAUAGGAGGAGGAAAGCCUGGAUCAGAUUGCUAUCUGAGUGCUACAGGACAGCAAAAUGUCAGGUAAAAGCUGCCAUGGCUGCUCUGAAGGAGGACCUGUCACUGUAUCGUUCUGGUGUGGAGAAAGCGAUCUCUGCAGGACUGCAACAGGCCAGUCUGCUGCAAGACCACAUUGCUCACACCAUCACAGAAGACAUGUGUGAGCAGAUGCUACAGUCUCUCCUACACACAAUCGUCCCGAGGCUCGACCGCACUCUGCAGGAAGUGGCCACACCCACCUACAAUGGAUUUGCUUCUGCCCGGCAAUAUUUCCUGGAGACAUGUGAUGGCAUUGUAGACCUGGGAUCACAAAGCACAUCAGUGAAAGAUAUCAAAAAGCUGCUGAUGCCUUUGAGUGGCCUCGGACCAGACGAUGCCAGGAUGUGGCAGUGCCUCGACAGGCUGGAGUUGAGCUCAGAGGGGCGGAUGUGGCUCCAGGAGACAUGGGGAGUCCACAGUGGAGCCUGGAGACCCUUGGUACUCAAAGCUCAGAACGCUCUCUACAAAGCGGUUGAUAUGUGUGCUGUGAUGUUCUGGAAGUUGGUCUCUCGAUAUCCAUGUUUCUCCUUCGACUCUUCCCAGCUGACAGCGGUGCUGUAUAGGGUCAAAGAUAAAGUGGUCAAGCACCUGGACACAGAACUGCUGGCUCUUCGAUCUCAGUUAAUUCUGGAGAUGAUCCUGCUGAUAACACUGCAAGCAUUUACUUGUGGUGUGGGUGAGCAGGAUCUGUCUCGCUACUAUGCCAUGGUUGACUCAGACCAGGCCCUCUUCAUCCACCCUGACACCAUCUUCCACUCCAUCUUGAAAGACAACCUAACCUCUUAUAUCCAAUCAGUGAUGAGGUACUCCAUGCCACAGCAGUUCAUGCCUCUCCCUGUCACUCCCAGCUACCCCUGCAGCUCCAGCUAUAGUUUCUCUGAGCCAGUGUACCACAAUCUGCUAACUCCUGGUGACUGCAGAUUCCAGCACCACUUCUGCCAGACCUCUGAAGGCUCUGCCUCAGGAUCUGAAACACUCACACCAAGCACCAUAUCCGACCUGGAUGAAACUUUGGCCAACUCAGAAAGCCACACGCCCUCACUGUUUGAUGCUGGAGAAUACAUCCAUCUAAUUGAACCAUGAAGAAACUGUACAACAACACCAUAAAGAUUAGUAUAGGUUAUAACCUCAAACAUAAAGUGCUUUGUAUGUUCUGUC